AUGCCUUCUGAACCCGGUUCCAUACCGGAGACUCCUCGAGUCAUUCCUCCUUCUCCCGCUUCGUCUGAGCGUCGAUCAAGCUCGGGCGAUUACUUUGGACCUACAACACGCUCCGCAGCACGACGGCAGCGACUUGGGGAGGUAACGGAAGAAACACCUGAUACCUCAAACUCGGAUUCGAAACGCUCACGAGCGCGGUCUCGCAGCCCAAAAUCUCCUGAGUCUACAAGGCGCCGUACCCGAAAAUCUAAUCCGAAGUUGCCCGCUGGAAAGCCCAAGAAGCAGACGAAUGGUCAUGCAGAGUCCAACGGGUAUCUAUCACCUAUCGCGAAACCCGGCGGCAGCUGGCACGACAUCUCUCGAUCGCCUUCUCCUCUCGGUCUCAUACCUCUCCACAGCCGUUAUCGCUCCUUUAUACACCGUCAUGAGAUCCCGCGCAAACUUCUCCAUGUAUCGAUCGGCUUCCUCACCCUCAACUUGUACAGUCGCGGCAUUCAAACUCUCCAGAUUACACCAUGGCUCUUCGGAGCUCUCGUGCCGAUAGCCACGGUAGAUAUCGUCCGUCACCAUUCCACCAAGGUCAACAACAUAUAUAUCCGCUGCGUGGGGGCUUUGAUGCGCGAGACAGAGGUUUCCGGCUACAACGGCGUGAUCUGGUAUCUUGUGGGCACAUAUGCAGUGCUGCGCUUCCUCCCCAAAGACGUCGGAGUUAUGAGCGUACUGCUCCUCAGUUGGUGUGAUACUGCAGCCUCCACAUUCGGUCGUCUCUACGGCCGUUACACAUUCCAGCUGCGCAAGGGCAAGAGUUUCGCCGGGACACUGGGAGCCUGGUUUGUGGGUGUCCUGACCGCAGCCGCAUUCUGGGGAUACUUCGUACCUUACAUCGGAACCUUCCCCAAUGACCCCGAGGGAUCGUUCAUGUUCACCGGUCAGCUCAACCUUCUUCCUAGCUCGAUCAAGAACCUCAUCGGCUGGACUGCGGACACCCCCAGCGCUGUCAUUUCGGGCCCGUUGGCCCUUGGCGUCAUGAGCGUCGUCUCCGGCUUAGUCGCCGCUGGAAGCGAGUUCGUGGACAUCUUCGGCUGGGAUGAUAACCUUACUAUCCCGAUCUUGAGCGGUAUCGGAUUGUGGGGUUUCCUGAAGGUCUUUGGUUGA